ACCAGUACACAGCUGAGGGAUGCCGAGGUAGACUUGCCCAUUAGCGCCCGUUAGCUGUGUAUAGCAAUUCUGAUGGAAAUAACUGCUUCUUUUCGCCGUUUUAAUCCGAACAUCUCGAGAGACAUAUACAGCAAGUCAUGGAGAGGAUACAGCACGUAUGGUCAUCUUUAGUAUCCCCUCGCAUCGUCAGCCUUUGCUUAGAUGUCAAUGUCAUAAUUUGUAGCUAAAUCUGCCCAGUUAGCUUAGCUAGCCCGUGUCUAGCUAACGCAGGGCCAAGGCCAAGGCCAAGCGAAAAAAAAGGGAGGCCGUCGGCAUCCACCAGGCAUUUGCUCUGUAGCUGGAGAGGAGAGAAGUGGAGAAGGGCUUCUGGUUUUGGAUCAGAUCUUUUAAAGUCCCCUCCUCCAUAAUCUUCAUUACUGUCAACCUCAGAUGAGCCAUGUCGUCUUCGGGGUGCUGCCAGCUACCUGGCUCCCUUUGUGAUUAUUCUGGGAAUGCUGAAUCUGAUGCCUCCAAAGAUUCAGAAGAGUCUGACUCUACCACGCAGGCCCAGUACGUUGCCAAGGUUACGGCUAAAGAUGGCCGCCCACUCUCCACUGUUGUCAAAGCUGUGAGCUUGCAGAGUGAUGUGGGCAUGUGUCGGAUUUGUCAUGAGGGAGCUGGAGGGGAAACACUGCUAUCACCUUGUGACUGCACUGGUACGCUGGGCAAGGUGCACAAAAGCUGCUUGGAGAAGUGGCUGUCAUCCUCCAACACCAGCUACUGUGAACUUUGUCACACAGAGUUCACUAUUGAACGGCGACCACAGCCACUUACACAGUGGCUGAAGGAUCCAGGGCCUCGCAGUGAGAAGCGCACAUUGCUGUGUGACAUGGCCUGCUUCCUUCUCAUUACACCUCUGGCAGCCAUCUCUGGGUGGCUGUGUCUGAGGGGAGCCCAGGACCACCUGCAACUGAAGAGCAGACUUGAGGCUGUUGGCCUCAUUGCCCUCACCAUCGCUCUCUUCACUAUCUACAUCCUCUGGACACUGGUGUCAUUUCGGUAUCACUGUCAGUUGUACUCAGAGUGGAGGAGGACCAAUCAGAAAGUGCGUCUGCUCAUGCCCGACAUGAAAGGAGCGCACACCACCCAACGUUCAGUGCCGACCAAGUCGACCAAGAAAAUGACUGAUGAGACCAUUGUAUGAGUGCAGAGAAGUGAGAAGAGGAAUAUUUAAAAGGAAGCUCACCCAAGCACUCUCUAAAAACAAAAUUAAUCAUUAAAAUGAACUUUUGCACUUCAUAUGGACCAUUCUGAGGAGAAGAAGCUGCUUUCUCCUCAUGCUUAUUGAAGCACUUGAUGAAAACUACCACGUUAUUGGCUGACCACAAAAGUGGUUGUGGGAAGAACUCAUUCCAGAGUCACUGUAGAUGAAAAUCAAGUUGUCACCGACAGCCAGUGCUGGGAAUUGAUGAGUGGACACGUGGAUAAUGGACUAACCAGCCUGACAUUUUUAUGUCAGUGACACAAACUUACGAGAUACUAAGACACAAGCUAAUGUAGCAGGAUAUAAAACUAAUUCAGCAUGCUACUACAGUAUAAUAUGAAACAUAUUCACUACCUGUAAUCCCCCAUGCCCCCUUCACAAUGUAUUUAGCUGGUUUUGAACAAUGGGAAAACAAUAACCCUGCAGAGGAUAGUAAUCUAAAAAAAACAAGAUUGACAAAGUCUAGCUGUGAAUACUACUUUUUUCUUUGUUUGACAAGUACAGGGCGACGGUCACUCUUACCAAUGUCCUUGUCUAUAAUCUGAACUCCUUUCAUUUUCCAGGUAAAGCUUUUAUGUUACUGUCUCAAUAGCGAAACUCAAAUCAUCUUCCUGUUUGGGCAGCAGCAGAGACACCAUGUAUUAAUCACACUUUGACAAUUGUUGUAUAUGGGAUAACUCUCCAGGUGUGGAACUGCAGUGCAGUGAUGUACAAGGAAAAGAGUGUUAAAAGUGUGAAAAAGUGUUUACAUACUAAUUGGAUGAUGUCUCUUCUGUUGUCAUAAAAGUGCAUUAGCAAACAGGCCUGCUCCAUGAAUGUAGCUCAUUCAUUGACAGAGCUGCCUAGCAAUGACCAGUAGUAAUGUUUUGCAUCACAAGAGAUGCAGCUUUAUUUAGAGGAGAAACAGUGUUGGAAAGAUCAGAUUACAGAUCUUGACUGAUAUAAAAUCCCAUGUAUUAGGGCAGGCUGGUGCUUGGUAAAAGUGCAUAAGAAAAAUGUGUUUUGAGAUGUCAUUUGGUGUAUGCAGCAUAUGCUAAACAAAGUAUUUUGUGUUAUUGUAGUCUUCCUGCUUUAUCCCUUGGAAAGUUGGGUUAUUGUGCAAUAAAACAUGAGGGACUCCUUGA